GCUGUGGACGACAGUUGGCUCAAAGUCCGAAGACAUUUCGCUGGGCUCGUGGACAAAAUUCGUUAGCUGAGUGAGACACUCACUCAUAUGAUACGAGUGUGAUUCGUUAGCUACUCAUCGGCCAAAGUUUCUCGUGCCGAGUUGUGCUCCAAACAGCAACAACAAUAACACUUUGCAAAAACCGGCAUUGCGCAGUGCUAAAAAACAACACAUCAACACAACAAAAAAAACCAAAAACUCGCAACAAAAAUUUAGAGCUGAAGGCCUGUUAAUUGCUUAAGUAUUUGAAAACAGAUUGUUGUCAAUUCAAUAGUAGCGCAAUGACUGGAUCAGUUCACGAUCCGAAAUGGAGCUUGGAGAGGCGAGAAUCUUCUGGACAUUUGGUCUGGCGCAAGGAGUCGCCAUCGUCAAAGGUUCGUUUUCGAUUUGACGUUGAAGUGUUGGAAUUCGAAAAGCAUCCCAACGAAGAGCUUGAUCACACAGACGAUCACUUCUCGAUUACAAACCUAUCAACCACAGUUGCUCUCUGUGCCACAUGCGUAGCCGUUGUGGCAGCAUCCGUAUUCCUGCCCUGGUACCUUAUGGAGAAGGUCGGUUCGCUGUGAAAGCAAUAUCAUGCAGAUUGUGCAUAGUACAUAGUAGUAGAACUUACGUCAAUUGAAGGUAUUAAGUAGGCUUAUGUAUAUAGAGACAAGCAUGCGAUAGUUAUAUGUAAGUACUAAAUACGAUGUGUAAAUUUUAAUGUAAAUACGAGUAGUGCAUAUUAUAACAUAUACCAUAUUUUGUGAUAGACCUAUGUAAGUCUAAGGCUUUUUAAUGCAGAUGCAUACUGACUGUUUGUAAGCAAAUGAUUUAAUCGAUGAUCACAAAGAUAUUUAAGUGAAUAAACAGACAACUUGCCUAA